UCAUUGAAAACAUUUUGAAGGAUUUUUUUCUAAAUGAGUAAAGCUUACAAUAUAUGGACCUGGAGCAUUCAAUUGUAAUUUGAGAAACUUACAUAUUUGUCCUGUGGAGUAGACUUAUUUACAAAUAAGUCUCAUGAAAUUUAGAAACUAAAACUAGGUCCCUCGGGACAUGAUUAAUUUUAUUUUUAUUUCUUUUUUCUUAAUAAUAUUUUAGUUCGAUAAUAUUUUUGUUCUACAAAUUAAUUAUUUUGAAAUUAAAAAAAUACUAAAAUCUAUAAAAUAUUUAAAGAAUGUAGACCUCGCAAGGUUAGUUUGAAUUGUUUAAUUAAAUUUGCCCUGACAUUGUGAUGCUAUUUUAAUCUUAAUGAUUUUGACCAAUCUCCAAUUCUUAUAUAUCUUAAUUUUCUGCUAGAUUACUUUGAAGUUAUAGUGAUCAAAUCAUAAUUCAAAUUUUAAUUAGUUAUAGGUUAGAUCAUUUAACCCCAAGUGAAUUAUGAAUAAAAUGGAACAUAUAUAUGAUACAAAGAAAUAUAAUUUUGAUGGAUUUAUUCCACUUUCUCUAUUCAGUCUAGCAAGGUUGGAGACAUUAUGUUAAAAUUCUAAUUGAUCUAAUUGAUGGAGUCAUUUCAAUUGAGGUCGGAAGACUUCAGCAUUUGAAAAUUUCACAACUUUCAAAAAACAAACUUUAAGGAAUCAUUUCUCAAAUAAUUUCUAGCUUAUCUUCACUUGAGAUGUUACAUUUGUUUUAUACCACCAUGUAUCACUACUACCAAUAAAAAAAAUUACAACAGCAACCAUUUCAGAACACUUAAAUGUAAAAAUGCUUUGAAAUAUAGAGGUGGAUCAUAUUGGAGUGUUUAUAAAAAAUAAGCCUACAAUCAGUCUUCUAGAGUGCAUCCAGACAAAAAGGUUCUGGAAGACCUUACACAAAUAAUAAGAAAACAAACAAUCACCUUCUAGAGCGCUUCCAAUAAGAACCGCUCUCAAAGACAUAGAAUAAGAGCAUGGAAGCGCUUUAGAAGGAUAAGUUAAUUUUUAUUUAAUGUAUUAAAUAAAUUAAAUUCAUAAUAUUAGAUGUAAUUUAAUUAGUAAUUAUAUUAAUAAAAAUAAUUAUUUUAAAUUUAAUUUUCUUGAUAAUUUUACUAUCAAUAUAGUAAUCAUUUGAUAUAAUAUUAAUCAUCAAAUUAUCAUUUGACAUAUCUAAGUUUUCGAUUAUUUUUAUCAAUACUUAUGUUUUAGAUUAUUUUAAUUUCUUUAUUGCCUUGUUCAAAAUUGAUCUAUUUGGUUUGCAGAGGAAUAUCAUCCUGGAGGAAUCUGGGAAUGUCUCGAUUUUUUUUAUUGCUUUUUGGUAUUUGUAUCCAUUUUUUCCCCAAUAAAUCAGAUAUCUACAUGCAACUGAAGCAGAGAAAAUAUUUGUUCCUUUUACAGCAAUGUAUUCAAAUAAUUGCUAGCAUGGGAAUAAAUAAUAUAUUAGUCCUGAUAACAAGUCUAAGGGGACGUCACCAAUCCUUGAAGAUAAGUCUAUUCUAUCAUUUAAAACAUCUUGAAGGGUUGUUAUCCUAAAAAAAAAAAAAUAGUAAAGCUUACUACAAUGUAUGGAUCUAGAGCAUUCAAUUUAAUUUGGAUACUACCCAAAUUAUAUUUUAAUUUUAUUAUUUAUUAACUAGAUUGAAAAAUGUUUAAACUGAAAACACGCAUACUUUCGAAUAUUCUUCCAUAUAGUUCAUAUAUAUUGACAUAUUGUUCAUUUUUUGAUAUUUGAAGGAGGCAUUCCAAAUGAGAUUGGUAAUAUGCCACAACUACAGAUAAUAUAUCUUGGAGAUAAUCAACUUGUAGGUUCUAUACCAAUCUCAUUAUUUAACAUAUCUCUGCUACAACAAGUUGAUCUGCAAUAAAUAAUUUAUCUGGGAGUCUCCCAAUAAAUGUCUGUUUUGGACUUCCAAAACUUGAAAUAUUUUAUGUUGAUGGAAAUGAUUUAUCUGGCGAAAUACCCUCCAUUUGGCAUCCAUGCAAAGAAUUAGCAAAGUUACAAUUAGGUGAUAACAUGUUCAAACAAGGAAUCAUUCCAAAUGAUAUUGCAAAUUUGACAAACCUCCAAUUCUUGAAUCUUGACAAUAGCAAUUUGCAAGGUGAAAUUCCUUCAUUUCUUUGGAAUAUGCCUUCCUUGAGAGGGGUUUACCUUAGAAUGAAUCAUUUAAAUGGCAAUUUACCAGAAGGAAUGUGUCAUCAAUUCCCUUUGCUGGAAUUCUUGGCUGUUCAAGAUAAUGAUUUGGAGGGAUAUAUUCCAAAAUCAAUAAGUAACUGCACAUCUUUAAAAGGAUUAUAUCUGUUCAUCAACUCAUUUACAGGCAAAAUUCCUUCAUUUAUUUGGAACAUGUCUUCUAUCAUAGAGGUUGUCUUUGACUUCAAUCAUUUAAACGGACAUUUGCCAGAGAAAAUGUGCCAUCAACUCCCUUUACUAGAAACCUUCUUUGUUUCAUAUAAUCAGUUAGAGGGAAGCAUUCCAAGAUCAAUAAGUAACUGCACAUCUUUGAAAGCAUUGUCUCUGGAUGGUAACUCAUUUACAGGUUUUAUACCCAAGGAAAUAGGAAAUCUUGUUAAACUUCAAAUCUUAGAUUUGGGAUCAAAUCAUUUGAGUGGACCCAUUCCUUUCAACGGGACGAGAAUGCAACUCGAUCACUUCUCUUCAGCAAACAUGCGUUUCAUUGACUUGAGUUCCAACUUACUUCAAGGAGAGCUCCCUUCUUCAAUUUGCAAUGCUAGCUCACUUGAAGUUCUCAACUUGUCCCGCAACAACUUCAGUGGCCCAAUUCCGCAUUGUAUUGGAAGUUCUAGCCCUGCACUUUAUGUGUUGGAUUUGCAAAGCAAUAGCUUUUAUGGCACCAUACCAAAAUCAUUUGAGGUGGGAAACAAGUUGAGGACCCUAAAUCUUAAUGACAAUCUUCUAUAUGGGCUGUUGCCUCAAUCUUUGGUCCAUUGCAAAAAUUUAGAAGUCUUAGAUAUUGGUAGAAAUGGCAUUCAUGAUACAUUUCCACAUUGGCUUCAAGACCUUAAAGAAUUGAAAGUGCUUGUUCUUAGAGAGAAUAAGUUACAUGGUUUUAUCCCUAAUUUAAACAACAAAGCUGAUUAUGCCUUUACAAAGUUGAGAGUCUUCGAUAUAUCCAACAACAACUUAAGUGGCCCUUUACCUACAACAUACUUCAAAUCUUUUGAUGCUAUGAAAAAUCAAGAGGGAAAAACUGGUUUAGAAUACAUGGGUUACAAUCAAUCUGAUCACAUUGUCACAUAUCAGGACUCCAUUGAGGUAAUCUUGAAAGGACUUGACAUUUAUAUGGAGAAGAUCUUGACUGUUUUCAUAUGCAUUGAUCUAUCUAAUAACAUGUUUGAGGGAGAAAUUCCAAUAUCUAUUGGGCAGCUUAAAGCAUUGAAGGGGCUCAAUUUUUCUCAUAAUAGGCUCAUCGGUGUAAUUCCAAAUUCCAUAGGAAAUUUGAUAAAUUUGGAGUGGUUGGAUUUGUCAUCAAAUAAGCUUAUUGGGAAAAUUCCCACUGAGUUAACUAGUCUCAACUUCCUAUCUAUCUUAAACCUUUCAUGAAACAAGCGUGAAGGUUGCAUUCCUAGGGGCCAACAAUUUGAGACUUUCACGAGUGAUUCCUUUGAAGGAAACAUGCAAUUGCAUGGUUUUCAACUAAUGAUUCCUUGCAUUCCUAAUAGGGAAAGACAACCACCAUUACAAAGUUCAGGUUUUGAAGCUAGAUUUGAAUUUGGAUGGAAACCUGUCUUGCUAGGGUAUGCAUGUGGAGCCUUAUUUGGAUCAACAAUAUGUUGGGUUGUGAUAUUUACUGGUAAACCUCAAAGGCUUGCAAGUUUAGUGGAUGAUCCACCUAUAAAGAAAAGGAGGAGAAGGGUUAGAAACCGUCACUCAUAGAAGCUAUAUCUUCUAUGUAUGCUUCAAAAUUUCUCUUCUAUAUACAUUUUUUUUAUCUUUUUUUCCUUCUUGUUAAAUGUUCAAGUUCUUGUGUUUGUUGUUCAAUAUUGGUUAGAAAG